AUGGUUCGCCCUUCCGUGAGGCGCGACACGCUCGAAAAUUUGCGUCUUUUCCUUCAGGAGAACGCUCAUUAUUUCCUCCUGAAAGAGACCCGGCAUUCCUUUCUCUCGAUGAUCACCAUUGUCGAAACCCUCGACAUGCACCGAUACCUCGAUCGCUCAUUCAUCGGUCCAACCUUCUACGUACGCCGCGGAUACAAGCUGGAGGAGGUCGUGAACCCCAUGGGAAGGGCUGAGAUCAAAGAAUGCUUUCGAAUGAGCCUUCCUGAGCUAGAACGACUGGUGGAGCACAUAGGUGAUCAUGCCAUCUUUCACCCUGGUAGAGGUCGACCUCAAAAGCCAGUUUCUUUCCAAAUUGCCGUCUUCCUGUACCGCCUGGGCCGCGGGGCCACGAUCUCCGAUGUCUGCAGAACCAUGGGAAGGAUCGGGAGGGGGUCUGUGACCACCUAUUGCAUGCGCACGAUCGUGGCGAUCUUGACGACGUUCAACAACGUCAUUAAGUGGCCUGAUCCUCGGCGUCGCGAGGCCAUUUCCACACGUCUCCGCCGAGACUACGGGAUCCCUGGCUGUGUAGGCUUCAUAGACGGCUCUCAUAUCCCUCUUCAUAAGUGCCCGUCCUUCUCCAUUGAGAAGAAUGCGUCGUUUUUCAGUAGGAAACACAGGUAUGGCCUCUUGAUCUUGGCCGUGUGCGACGAGGCCAAGAGGUUUACCUACUUGCAGACUGGCCACUACGCCUCUGCUAGUGACUUCAGGGCCCAGAGGUCCUCUGCUCUUCACCGGAGACCUCGAGAACUCUUCUCGCGAGACCAGUUCGUUCUCGGCGAUUCAGGCUUCUAUUGCUCGUUGAACGUCAUACCCAUGUACCGCCGGCGUGCGGCUCAGGAUCUUACUCGAGAGCAACAGAAGUUCAACGACCGUGUAGCCAAGGCCCGAGUGAAAAUCGAGGACGCCUUUGGUGUCCUCAAACAGCGUUGGUUGAUGCUCAACGACAUAAACCUCACCAUGAAGACGGACAAGGACAUCAACACGGCGUUCGCUUACAUUAGAACGGCCGUUGUUCUCCACAACCUCUACAUCCACACGGCCAACCAGCACUGGAGCCUAGAGGACUUCGAGCGGGCUAAAGCCAAGGCAGAAGAGGAGGACAGGAAGGCUGAUCCUCUGCCCGAGGGAGAGCUGCUCAUAGAGACCGUUGAGGAGGACCGGAUGGAUCGCCGAGACCGCCUGGCCCGGCGCGUCGCGGAGAUAGCGAGCUCACUGUAA